AUGGCCUGUCGUCCCAAGCAGCCCCCCGAGGCUGCAGCCGGUGAGGAGCCCGACGAGAUCAUGAGACCGACUUAUGGAUCUAUCCAGGUCCCCUACCCGACCAGAGGGGAGGAGGCUGGCGUGCCAACUGAUCCCGAGACGCUGUUGAAGUUGCUCCCCUCGCUCAUCAAGAUGGAAAAGUAUUCUACCAUAUUUGACUGGUCCAGAGCGGUGAGAUGCUUCGUCCUCCUGGAGCACAAGUUGCCUAGGCACGCGCGUACAGCGUUGAUGGCGGUAUGCUUCAAAGUGGGCUUGGCGCCCGGCAUGGAGAUCUCGGCGAAGUCAGCGUUGACUGGCACGGUAGUCAACCUCUGCAGGGGAAUCGACGGAGAAUUGGUCCUUCGUCCCACCGACGUCACUCUCGACUGGCUGCCGAUUUUUGAGCAGCUGCGGUUCGAUGCUUUCAGCCGCCGAGACACCAUCUUUGGUUGGAAUGAGACUUACGACGUCUGCACGUACGCGCGAAAAUUCUUCGAUCCAGCGGACCGGGUGGCUAUCCUCGAGAAGGCUCUGACCCUCUUCGACACGGCUCAUUUAUACAAGGCAGACGAUGUGGCCCGGAUGCUCGGGUUGCUGUUGCCGACGACCGUUGCUCCAGAAUCGCUCCCUCACUGCCAGCCAUCCGCGCUUCUCCCGACCCUCUUUUCCCUCCUCGCAUGGGUGGGACCGAGGAACGGGGCGACCUCAUACAUUGUGGAGCUCAUCUCCCAGUUCGCCGUCCAUCACGUGGGCUGCGAGCACAGCCCUUUCGGACGCUACGGUAUUUUCGACGAGCCGAAGGCCAACCAGAUGUAUACGACCAUCUCCCGUCAGAUUCUGAUCGACAACGACGACGAGCAUGGCGAUGGCGCCUUUGAGGAACCGCCCAUUCGAUCGGCUUCCAGCGAUUGGUUCGCCCUAUCGGUUGCCCGGUGGAUUGUCUCCUCGCUCUCGCCCCUGUGCCUCGGCGAGGAGAGUUCCAUGUUGUCGCUCCUGGAACGCUUUAUCGCAGCCAUUCGCGGCCUAUGCCACCCACAAUCCAAACGGCAGGCGGAGUCGGGCUUUGUCGGCCAGGUCCUUCAGUAUCUGGCCUCGGAAUUCUGUAAGCGGUACAACGGGGAGCGUCGCGGGCAGCUGGCGGUGCCACCACCACGGCGGAUCAACGACAACCUAAAACAACGGUUUGUCUUCUUGCUGACUGAGCCGGUUCUCUUGGGCUGCUUUUCGCCGUCGUCCAAGAUGAGCAAGCCCUGCCUCGACGCCAUCAAGAGCCUGGCCGCUCUCGAGCCCCGUCUCGUCAUCCCCGCCGUCCUGCAACACUUCUACACCAGCCGGGACAGCCAAGUCGACGGCGAUGUGGAACUCUUCAGCUGGCGGGUCCUGCUCGCGUCGUGCAGCGCCAUCGCGCAAGAAAGGUGGGCGAGAUGCCAUCUGCCGGCCCUGAUGGGGGAUGCCCUGUACGGCAUCGACGCGAGCAGGCUGCCGCUGACGAGCGUUGUCUGCCAGUUCAUCCGAGUGGCAGUUUGCUUUCUUUCCUGGGCGCAUAUUGCCAAGUCGGGCAAGUCCGAGGGUUUCGACCUCUAUCACGAUCACGAUCAACGCUUUGACGGGGAAGAGGCUGAGGGGAAAGACCCUGAGAGGGAAGAGAUCGAGAUGCUCCAGUCCCUCUUCCGCGGCUUCGGAGAGUUCACCAGGCAGUUCCUCGACCGUGUGCUUGGCUUCUUGUCGAAUACGGCCGGUUCUGACAUCGACGCCGAAGGCGAACGGGACGCUGCCAACGAAGCCGCCGUAGAUGCGGCAGCAGAGUGCCUCCUGUCGCUGCCUCCUGACUCUGACAUACUCCACGAACGCAUGCAGCAACUGAGCGAGUUUGUCGCAUCAAAGGCGAUCCCCCGAGCGGGGACGACAGUGGCACGCCUUGUCAUGGCUGCGGUGCAAGCGAACCCACAGAAAGGCAUCGACACGUUCGUGCCCAUGCUGAUCCGGCAUAUCCAGAGCGAAAUCACGACCACUCACUGGAUGGGCUCCGACCGCCAUGACUUGCUAUCGGUAGAUCACAAGCUCUCCUGGUACGCCAACGUCCUCGGCAUGUGCCUCCUGCGUGGUGGGCACGGGCUUCUGGGUUACACGACCGCGGUGAUGGAACUGGUCGGACUCGCCGAGGAGAUCUGUAAACACCGGGCGUCUGCCUUCCGCGGGUGGCUGAUCAAGCAGAUGCUGCGUGGCUUGACCGAGACCUUUACGACCUCGUACGUGGCCGGGAGGGCAAACCAGCAGCUGGGCCUUGGUGACUGGGGCGAAAUAGCCAAGGAGAUCCCCUGGCAUGUUCCCUCGACCGAGGAGAUUCGAGAAGCCUCCGAGAUCUUCAAAGCGGAAACCACCUGGCUGGAGAAACACAUCCGUACCCUCCUGAAGAGCCACGCUUCCUUGAACGGGGAGGCCUCACGCAAGGCCUGGGUUGACAGCCUCGCCAACGCAUUUGGCCACAUGAGCGAGGUAUUUUGCGGCAUGGCGACCCUGUUCGACCCGGUCCAGGCAUCCGCUGGCAGCAACGCCAACACCCCCUCCAACAACGAUGCCGACGAUGAAGCAGACCUUGUUGUGUCGACUCAUGCGCGAACGCUCCAGUGCGUGCUAGAGCCCGGUAGCACUAUCUAUGUCAGUAUUCACGAGCAACGGGGCGCCAUGCGAAAGCUGGCCGGCGAGGUCCACGGCUUUCUCACCGACAUGAAGAAGAAGAAGGAGUAUGGCGAGUGCUUCCGGACGCUAUACAAAUUCUACGAGACCUUCGUUGGCGACGUCGGGUACUGUACCGCGCAUCAGGGGAGGCACGCUCCACGCUUCGCGCGCUUUGACUGGGAGAAAGAUUUUAUAGCCACAGGAGUCUCACCGUCGCAUCCUCCGGCUCUCAGUGCCAAGCGCAUGGCUUGCUACCAUCACGAGCUCCAAGCUUGCGGAAGCGAGCGACGCCGUAUGGGUGAUCUCGACAAGGAAAUACUUCGAGACCUGGUUGAAGGUUGCAGUUCUCCCGACGCGGCUGUUCGCGGAGCGGCGCAGGAUGCCCUUCGCCGCUCGCUCAAUACAUUGCCAGGCUCCGCCAAAGUCUUCCUCCCUCUGAUGGUGGCCAAGCUGCGCGAGCUGGUCCGAAGCAGCAAACCCCGGGGCGGGUUCUUCGCCACGGUCUCGCGACGCGGUCUGCGGCAGAGCAGCGACGACGACCCCGGGAUUGAAAACGACAAGCACAGCAGGAUCGAAAGCGCGCUGCACACACUCAUCGAGGUGGAUUUGGAGCCAGACGACGACGAUAACAAAGGUAUGAUUCACGCGGUCUGGAUGCAAGAUUGCCCUCGGCAGACGACCGAUCUGAUCAAUGCUCUGAUGGAAACGGCCGCAACCGUGACCGAUGCGCCCGAGAUAUCCAAGCUGGCGGGGAAGGGCAUCACGGCAUUGAAAACCCCCCUUCUCUGCGAGCGCAGGGCCGUCUCGACGCAUGGCAUGGUGGAAGAUAUCUGUGCAGCUGAUGACUGUUCGGAGACCAUCCUCAAGGCGCGCGAGGCCAUCAGAGCUUCUGAGGCUGCGACGGCAAAGGGCCGGCACGAGCUGGGGCUCCAGAUGAUAAGCAAGGCGACGGAUCCGAGAAUCUACGACAAAUACAUCGGCGCCCAGUUCACGGGCUUCGACAAAGACGGCCCCCCCGUCGAAUACAUCCGCUUCCUCGUCGCCGGUGCCGUCGCGGAUUCGGUCGAGCGUCGCAACGAGUGCAUCGCCCAGUUUGGCACGCUCAUUAGAUCCUGCUUCGAAAGAAUCCGCCAUGGGAACAGUCUCGAGAGUCACCUCCGUACCCGGGAUCAAGGGGGACGGGGGCGGGUCCCGAUGGACCCCAAAGGGGACGAGACCUUCACCCACAGAUUCCUCGCCGGUUCUGAAAUGCGUGGCGGGGACGACAGCGGCAGCGACGGCUGGCUUCUCGGUGACAGCGAUGACUUCCUUGUGGACGAUGCCGGCCAGGGCUCACUGUUGUGGGCCCCAUUCUCUGCCUGGCACGCCGACAUGCGACUCUCAGACGGCGACCGCAAGACAGAUGGCAUGCUGGAGAAGCUGGGAUCUCUCCUGACGCAAAAAUGGUUCGAGACUGUCCUGUCCUUUUCGGAUAAGAGCGCGCAAUCGAACACCCCGACCAUCCAUGCGCCCACCGUCGAGCUCCUGACCGGUGUCAUCCAGCUGAUGGAAGCGGGCAAGACAGUUGCCAAGCUGGAGGGCAUGAAAGACCUGGUUGGCAAAGUCCUCGGUGACGGCACAAAGGCUGGCCAGCACAUCGCCACGGCGACCUUGCUCCUCGCCCUCAUGCACGCUCCCAUGUCUCGCGACUUCCGCCGCCGCGCGUUGGAAAUUGCGGAGCCUGUGCUGAUCGACAUCCUUGAGCGGAAGAUGGGAUCCUAUAGCAAGACGUGGUAUAGCUUUCUGAAGCUGCUCACGGAAAACUACGACCCAGAGCGAUUUCCAGGCCUGGUCAAGUAUGUCGGGUCCCUCCGCCUCCACGCCUCGGACGAGGCGGCCCGGAGCGAAGCGAAACUUGAAAUCCUCAGGAUCGUGGUGUCUGAGGUGGGGUGGCGGUUCCCCAGCAGCCAGAACAUCCUUGACAUGCUUCGGGCGUUUGCGACAGGCGCCAUUCCGAACCUGGAUGUUGCCGUCAAGCUGGGCACCACCCUGGCAGAUGUCCACACGUCGAGACGCCACGAGUCACACCCUGACAUCUUUGCCUUGAUCAAAGCAAACCAGGAUGCAUCGCCCCUCGGUAUCCCCCCGCACGAGUCCAGCCACGAGGUACUGGUCACGCUUGCGCAGCUGGUCGAUACCGUCUCCAAACUGCGACAAGAAGCGCCCCCAGACCAGGUGACUUGCUCGGAUGCCUAUUUCUACCUGUCGAAUACGCUGUUGGUAUUCCUAUCCGGCAUCUCCAAGUCGGGCGCGUCAGGGAUUCUCGCCUCUCCUUUCAGGCCGGCCGAGUCAAAGAGCCCCGUCAGGCCACGUUUCGCGGUCCUUGAGGAGCUCUGGCACGUGUUGGAUGCACGCCGCGCCGACGGGGCGAAUGUGGCGAAAGACGCAACCGAGGCGCUGAGGCAUCUGUGCCGCAUCCCACUGGACGGAGACGGCGAGUAUCAGUCAUUCUGGAAGGCGGUCUGGGACAAGACCGGGCCCAGCCACACGCUGCGCCACCGCACCGUGGCCCUGGGCAUGAUUCGCCUGCUCUACCUGCACAGACUGUGGGUCAGCACGCCGGCCGAGCAGCGGACAGUUCUCGAGGCACUGCGCAGCAAGAUACAAGAUGCGAGUGGAGACGUCCAACGGAUCGCUGCGGACGUCCUGACCCUUUUGCUCUCCCGCAGCACACCCGCCGUCGUGGCGCCCUUCAUCGGGGCCCUGGUCAAAGACAGCGCGGGCGCACUGCGUGGGGCAAGGUUACCGGGACAGGCGCGUAUCGCACGCUUGGAGCUGGACGUUGUGGUUUCGGCGUUCCCCCCACCGGGGAUGCCGUAUGGAUUAGCGGACGGGGCGGACUGUGUUGUGCGUUGGAUGGAGGACAUGCGGGAUACGCUGGGGCACCCAUCCGUGUGUGCUUGA